AUGUUGGAGAUGCUUGAGUACAAUCAUUAUCAGGUGCAGACUCACCUGGAGAACCCCACCAAGUUUCACCUGCAGCAGACCCAGAGGCAGCAGGUAAAGCAAUACCUGUCCAACACACUGGGGGCCAAGCUCAGCCCGCAGGCCGGUGCUGGGCCCUGUCCCAGCCAGGCUGCGGAGCACGGCAUGCCCUCUGGCCCCGGAGCCAGCGCCCCUAACAGUCCUAUGGCACUGCUCACCCUUGGCUCUUGUCACGAGAAGGAGAUGGAUGAUGUAAUUGAAGAUAUUAUCAGUUUGGAGUCAAGCUAUAAUGAUGACAUCCUUGGACUCAUGGAUGCAGGACUUCAACUGACCAAUGCGAUCCCAGUUACUUCUAAUCUCUUGGACAUCUACAGUAAUCAUACACUUCCUUCAUCUGCGGUCACUAUUGGAAACUCCUGUCCAUCUAGCCUAUCCAACGUGAAAAGGGAAUUCUCAGUUACCCCAGAUCCUGGCAUGAUGCACGUGGACCAACCUGGACCAUGUGGAAACUUUGACUCUUAUCAAAGGCCUGAAGGCUUACCAGUAGAAGCAGAAGUCAGAGCCAUGGCAAAAGAAAGACAAAAGAAGGACAACCACAAUUUAAUUGAACGAAGACGACGUUUUAACAUAAAUGACAGAAUUAAAGAACUCGGGACAUUAAUUCCGAAGUCCAGUGAUCCAGACAUGCGGUGGAAUAAGGGGACGAUUCUGAAGGCCUCAGUGGACUACAUCAAGAAGCUGCAGAGAGAACAGCAAAGAGCUAAAGAGCUGGAGAGCAGGCAGAAGAGGCUGGAGCAUGCCAACAGGCACCUACUGCUUCGAAUUCAGGAGUUGGAGAUGCAAGCCAGGGCUCACGGCCUGCCUGUGGGAAGCUCCUCUGCACUCUGCUCCACUGAGCUGGUGGCCCGUGCCAUUAAGCAAGAGCCUGGUCUGGGCGACUGCCCCGCUGACCUCUAUGCCCAUACACACCUCCCAAGCCCGGACUCGCGCCCCACCACCCUGGACCUCAACAAUGGGAUGAUCAGCUACACUGUCAGCUCCGCCAGUGAGAGUGAUGCCGUGCUCUACCGUGUCUGCGAUGGCUCCUCCGGCAAGCUGGAGGACAUGUUUGUGGAUAGUGCUCUGUCACCAGUGGCCACCGGCAACACCCUGCUCUCGUCGGGUACCCCCACCCACUCCAAUGACAGCAGCAGGCGCAAUAGCACAAGCACAGAGGAACAAGAAAAGGGCUGUUAG